ACUUUCAAAAUUUAGCUACUUGUCAAAAUUAGUUCAUUUCCAACGUUGCCGCUCGUAAAAUAAAGACGGCAAUAACCAACGUUUUUGGUUAACUGUGUGUGCACGUAUUUACUUCCAUUCGGUGUUCUGACUGACGAGAAGUGUAUUUAUUUUUGUGGAAUUUCCAAUGAUGAAUGAUGAUUGCUUAUCAGUUGAUAAGGAAGUAAACAUUUAUAUCUACGGGACAUUCCCACAUUCCACACUGUGCUGUGCUACACCGUCACAUAUCACCUUCAACUUUGACAAGUAAUAACAAUCUAAAAUUUAAGUGUUAAAUUUCUUGAGAUGGAAUCGCUUUCCAAUCUAUUACAACCCCACAAGGAGUUAGUGGGCACAGUUGCAGGCAUCGUGACAAUUGCACAAUUUUUUUCGGGGGCCGUUAUGUGUAAAGAUAUCUACAAAAGUAAAUCUACAGUUGGAACUCCAUCAAUGCCUUUCAUUGGCGGUAUCGUAAUUGGGACUUUAAUGUUGAAGUAUUCUAUUAUGCUCGCUGACAAAGCAACAAUUGUGGUUAAUUUAGCCGCAAUUAUCUUAAACGCCUUGUACCUAUCAUUCUAUUAUGCUUAUUCUGAGAACAGACCUGUUGAAAUUUACAAACCGUUAUCCUAUGGAGUUGCAUUAGUUGCAGUUCUGUUAGCAUAUACAAGUUGGGAAGAUCCGACGGUUGUUGAAUAUCGUUACAGUAUAAUCACAACAGUUUUAUUACUUUUACUUAUCGGCAGCCCUCUAUUCCAAGUGAGUGACAUCGUGAAAACAAAAGAUGCAUCUUGCAUUCCAUUUCCCAUUACGUUUAUGGGUACCAUUUGCUCUUCAUUGUGGCUACUUUACGCUAUAAUUCUUCUAAAUCAUUUUAUGAUACUGCAAAACGUGGUAGGGUUGGUGUUAUCUGUGAUACAAUUGGUAUUAUGCUUCAAGUAUCCAAAAAGAGAUCAUCAAAAACAAUCGUAAUAUACAAGCAUUUUAUAUUAAAUAUGUUAUCAAAGGCCUCUUCCAGUAAAAUUAGGUGCAAAUAAACCAAGCUGUGAUAGUUGAUAAUAAUUGAAAUUUGUGUAUUUACUAUUUUUGGUACCUAAAGGUUUUUUAAUUCGCAAAUUAUUGUUAUUUUAACACAGUGUUAUAUAUUUGUCUUUAGAAAAAUUGACAAUAAAUUCUAGUUUGUGUGGUGUAUUGACCAUGACA